AUGGGCGCCGGAGCCUUCAUCGAGCCCUUGGUGGUCAUAUCCCUCCUCAUCGGCGGCACCCUCAUCAACCGCGGCAAGAAGAGAGAACAAGUCCUGAACAGCCCCAUCUGGGCCAGCCACAAACGAGACGACAGCAGAGAAUCCGGCCCGCCGAGUCCGAGCAGCGAAGAUGAACUACUCAGUCCACGAAGUCGCACGUCCUCAUCAUACCUCGGAGGAGCAGGACAACCAGAAGAGCAAGCAGGCUGGCGAAAACGAAGAGUCGGCCUUCUCGGCUGGCAAACCGACAUAACCUCCCCCAACACCGCCCAAUUCUCAGACAGACUGCUGAGCCGCGUCCUCCGCACCUUCCCCUUCCUCGUCGAAGUCUGGUACUGGGCUCUAAUCUACUGGGUCUACCAACUCGGCCGCGCCUUCACAGCCGUGACCCUCGUGCAAGGCACCGUGCACACCGCGCGGAAACACGCCCUCCAGCUCAUCCACCUCGAACAACAACUCGGCAUGUUCUGGGAACCGGCGAUCCAGCGAUACUUCCUGCAGUACCCGACGACGAUGCACUGGAUCAAUCGCAUCUACAGCUUUAUUCAUAUCCCCGGCACGAUUCUGUUUUUGAUCUGGUCGUAUUAUUUGACGAUUACGGCGAAUAAGUCGCCUCAACGGUAUGAGAUUGAGCGGAGUCCUGCCGGUCCGGCGCUGUAUCAGGCGCGGAGGAGGACGAUGGCCAUGUGCAAUUUGAUUGCGUUUAUGGUCUUCACCGCGUGGCCUUGCAUGCCGCCCAGGUUGCUCAGCGAUCCGGAGUAUUUCGGAGGGGACGCGAAGGAGGCGAAGUCGUAUGGCUUUGUCGAUACGGUGCAUGGGGCCGAGGGGGAGAGUAGUGUAUGGACGCAGAAUCGGUUUUGCAAUCAAUUCGCCGCGAUGCCGAGUUUACACUUCGGGUAUAGUUUGCUAAUAGGCCUGACGAUUGCCUCGAUACCGCUGGCUUCGUCCCAGGAGCAGACUCGUUCGAGCAGGCUAUGGCGGUUCAAGGCUGCGGGACUGAGUGCGCGGAGGAUGUUGUGCAUUGUGCUGGGGUUUGGAUACCCGGCCACCAUCCUGCUGGCCAUCAUUGCCACGGCGAACCAUUUCAUCUUGGAUGCGGUAGCGGGUGCGAUGGUUUGCGGCAUUGCGUGGAACGCGGAGAAGUUCUUGUUGAAUCUUUUGCCGUUGGAGGAUUGGUUCUUGUGGUGUUUGAGGAUGCACAAGCCCGAGAUCAAUGCUGAGGUCGCUCCUGAGUGGGACGAGAAGGCCGGCAGGACGAAUAGUCUGCCCAGAUGA